GUCUUCUGAGUCGCGUCGGUGCGCGAACAGCUUCUCUGUUGUGGCCUACAGCUCAAAGUCAGAGUUCACGAAACACCUCAUCAAAGCAAGGUUCUAAAGAGUAACCUGAAACUCACCCUAACCCUUCACCACGAGAGUUUGAACUCACUUCCAACUUCUCAGCACCUGGCAUAAAGAGACAACCACUCAAAAGUUACAGUGUUCAAAAGACUCACCAGCAUAACAUUGCUUUAGAGAGCCUUCAUAAUCAUCAAGUUGCAGAACUGAGAGGGGAAGUAAGCAGUGAACAGCAUUUGGAGAUAAGGGGGAAAGCAAGUACUCUGUGCAACCUGUACCUUGCUUCUCUCUGUAUACCAUGAGUUCAGGCAGUGCGAAGUGUUAUGGAACCAAGUCCAAGAAAAGCAAAAAGGGCGGUGGUCUCACCCCAGCAAGAUCUUAUAGUGGUCUGGGUGACGUGGCCUCAGGAGCGGCUUCUGAAACCGGUAUCCCCUCCUCUUUGCCAUCCACUUCGACCAUGGCUUUAUCUUUGCAAAGUGCCAGUGCUGGCUCCUUUCCUAAAGUGGGGCUUACUUUGCUGAAAACAUCUUCCCUCUUGAGUGAUAGCAAAGGAAUGGACCAGGAAGAGGUUCAGAGGGAGCAUUGUGGAGAAAAGCCUCAUUCUAUACAAGUGCGUAACCAAAGUAGAAUGGCAGCUUCAGCUGCAGUAACCUCAGAAGUAGAGCCAAUUGAACUUGAUAGACAUGUUGACGAAGAAAUAGUAGACCUCACUUCUGAAUCUUCCAUAGUUGAUCUUACACAUAACGAUUCUCUUGUAUGCAUUGAAGAGAGUAGACAGUGGCAAAAUCAAGAAUUAAGAAGCCGACCAUUAUCUGACAGCUGUAUAUUAUGUAGUGAUGAAGACAACAGUGAAUACAGUGUGUGUGAUAUAAUUGCCGCCACUAAGUUGCCCAAAGAAUUAGCAAAGGAGAGAUUUGGAAGCUCAGGAGCCUCAGGCAUUGUGAGUUGUCCCAUUUGCAUGGAUGGCUAUGCAGAGAUUAUAAGCGGUGGACGGCUUAUAGUGUCAACAAAAUGUGGCCACAUUUUUUGCAAUCAGUGCCUCCAUAAUUCUCUUAGAAGUGCUAGCUCUUGCCCAACUUGUAGGAAAAAACUCAAUCACAAACAGUAUCAUCCGAUUUAUAUAUGAAGACAUGGGUGCUCCUGAGAAUAAUCUAGUUUAGGCUUUCAUACAUUGUUCAUAAUCUUCAGUGAACCUCAAAAGAAAUAUAGGGUACAUAUAUGACUUAAAUCUGACAAGCUAUUGGGAGUUUUUUCACUUGGCUUUUCUAUUGUCAGGUUGUAUUGUCUGAACUUUGUUUUGCUUUAAGAAUGUUUUCAGCUCAAGUUCUUCAAAGUCUGCUGAUGCUUGAAGUACAGCUUCUUCUGUUACAAAUAUGCCUAUUGCUACAUUACUUUGGAAGAACUUAAAAUAAGGCCUCUGCACAGUUUUGUUUCUUGCCUGAAGAAAGGAAGAUAUAGAGUAUAUUUACUGUUUCUUCAGGAGUAGACCAUUAGGAUCAUGAUGGUACAACCAGAGGUGACAAGGAACUGGAGAACCUGCACCAUUGUUCCACAAUUCACCUCAUAAGGACUAAAACCCAACCACUCUCUGGAGAAAAUUGUUAUCCUAGUGGCAAGCUUCCCUUUGUGUUGAUAGAGGCAAGACAAAAGUUCCUGAGUCCACAAAUGGACCAAGAUUUAUAAAAUAAUGCAGCUCAUUUCUAAUAUUGCGUGCAUUAAUUCUUUGUUGAAUAUGGUGUUUGAUAGUCUAGAGUCUCUAACAAGUGGGCCCUGCAAGUUCAAUAGAACCAGUGGAGGUAGAGUGGCCCUAUUGGAUGCUGCCCAUGGUGUAUCUAGAUCAGGAGAGGCAUCUUGUGGGUUUCCUAUUCCUGAGUUAGUGGUACUCUUUCUCCAUAUAAACCAGCUUGUGACCCUCUAGAUGUUUUGGACUACAACUCCCAUCAUCCCUUCUUAUUGGCUAUGCUGGCUAGGGCUGAUGGAAGUUGUAGGCCAAAACAUCUAGAAGGCCACAAGUUGCCUACCCCUGAUUAAGACAGUCAGAUCCCUCUCACCAUAAAGCCUUAACCUUAAGUUAGCUGGGAUAGUAUAAGUCUCAUAAUAUUGCAGCUUGGACUAGUGUAUUUACAUAGUUUAGCUUGGUGUGUGUGUUCACAGCGCCAUUGUGUUUCUAGUUCAGCACUGUAGUGCACAACGGAAAAAAAUUGAAGUUGCUUUGUUACAAUUGAGCCAACUGUGGGUAGCAGUCUGCAAGCUGAACAUCCCACACUGGUCUAGCACUCACCGUGUCAGCCAUGUGGAACAGUGAAGCCUCUUCCUGAACAUGGAAUAUAAAGAUCAAAUAGUCUGUGCAAAUGUACGUGAACUCUCCCCUAAAAUGCCAUAUGCAGACAAGCGCCAAAGUUUUGAAAGGUUAAAUAGAGUGCUAAAUGGCAUAAUUAAACUUUUUUUUUGAUGGCUUGAGUCACUAGCCUAUUCUGUAUGCACAGACAUUUUUAAUGAAAAACUUCAAAUUACACUUUGUUCCUUGUACGCUUCACCAAUAUUACAUUUUAUCCUAUUAGAAAGAGUUGUAGAAUGUAUCAAUGUUUCUUUUAUAAGGGUUAUAGGAGGAAAAAAAUCCUGUGCAGACUGUAGGGGUACAGCAUUCACUACUGUUGGCCUAUGCUGCAUGAAACAUGCCUAAAAGAUACUUCACUAAUCUAGCCUUUACAUAAGAGUUUUAGCAACACUGUUUGUGUCACAGUGAUCUUGACUCUUACACAACCUCUCUCCUAUUGCAGGGGAUAACUCUUGAGUCUUUUGCAGUGAAAGGGAAAACAGAACGGACGAGCAAAACAAUGUUUGGAAUUGUCUAUUGGCAACUAAAAAGCUAUCUCCAAGUUGGAGAAAGCCAGAAAUGUAGCACAAACUGCAUGCAAAUAAUAGGCUGCAACUGCCGUGAUACCAAGACUAGGAUAUAGGAACAUUUAGUGAGUCAGAAUUCAUAAUCAAUUGCCAUGUUUGUAUGGAUUGUUGCAUAUUGUUUGAGCAGGGACUAUUCAAAUCCCUCUCUCAUAUAGUGUUAUAGCCUAUUAUAUAAAACUAUAUACUUGUUUAUGUACUAACAAGAGUGCAGACCUAUGGAUAUUGAGAAGAAGAAAAAUCCUAUAACUCCCAGCAUUCCCGAGCCAGUUCCAUGCUGAUUGGGGAAUUCUGGGAGUUGUCUAAACAACUCUUUCUGUCUAAACAUGUGUAAGAUUGUACCAUAAAGCAUGGAACAGGCAACAACUCUGUGCUAGCUUUCAUUUCUCCCACUUCUCAAGGAGAAUUAGCACAACAAAUCUCUGAUAAAUGUUGCUAGAUAUAAAAGAUUUUACUUUAA